AUGCCAGCAGCCAUGUACAAUGAUUCUGCGACAACGGUGUGUGAGUAUGUGGUGCCUGUUCCGCUUACAAAAGGCGAUUGCGUGACGAUGCUCUCUGUUAUUCAUGCCCUUGAAGAACUUGAUCAAAUAUCUAGCUGUGUGUUUGGAAACAUCGAAGCCGCAGUGCGGAAUUCCCGGGAGACAUUAGAGGGACUUCAGGAGCGUAUUGAAACGUGCACCGCACGUGUCAAACAACUGCAGGGACGACGCGAGGCGAUGGUAGUGAAGAGUCGGUCUCGAUUUCCUAAUGGUUGCUAUCGUCCCAUGCACCUUGCCCAGGCCCCAAGGGAAAGACGAGGGAGAUUUUUGCGACACCGGCAAGACGUCAUGCCUGUGUUGCUCCCCGUUGAUGAGUCGGACAGUGACUCGGAAUAUGUAUUGGAGAAUGAAGGGAACGCUGCUCUCAAUAAUAGUGAGAGCAAUGGUGUCUCUGGCCAAGGGAAGCGUGGCAAUCUGGAGUGCAAAAACUUUUACCAGCGGCCCAUUCGACGACUCGAGGGGACGGUGGAAGAGCAAGGGCCGGUGAGACCGCAGCACCCUCUGCAGCGCGUGGAGUUGGGUGACGUUAUGCCGCUGGCAGCAUCUUGGCGGUAUCACACCGUAGCAGAACGGGGGCUUGGUCGUCUACCGCGGCAGCUGAUGAGCGUGGGCUCAUUGCUGCUCUUUAACACUCGAGAAAACCUUUACAAAGAGUAUCACGAGUUGGAUGUCCUGAAACAGCAGAGGGAGGAGCGUGUGGUGGCUGCCAAGCGGCGGCUCGGUGGGGCAGCAGAUGUGCACCGGGAUUACAUGACGCGAUUUUCUUCCGAUGACUAUGCCUUUAUUCCGCUUAUGGAAGAGGUGGCAAACCUCAUGGAUGACCUCCCCGAGGACUUACCACUGGAAGGCAUCGCUGAAGUUGCCUGGCACGCCUACACACUGGAAGCCGCGGAUAAUAUCGCUCCCAGCUGGCAGCGGCGACUCGGCGAUGAGAGUGAAGUGGCAACAGAGAACGCGGCCCCCCCACGCGGCGGGAAAAAGGCCCAUGGACAGACACUAGCAAUCACCCUCGGUCCGGCAGAAACACCAACGACGUCGUUGAUUAAUCCCUCUUCUGCGCUUGAAGCACCGCCGCCACCGCCACCACCGCCACCACCACCGCCACCGCCGCCGCCGCCACCUGCAGGCAAGGCACCGCCACCACCAAUACCACCACCACCGCCCGGCUUUAAGAGCAUGAAGGCUCCACCGCCACCGCCACCACCACCACCACCGGCGAUGAUGAUGAAGACAGCAGUUCAACCGGCAAGAACGAUGACGGCGAUCCCGCCACCACCACCUCCACUAUCAGCAGAGGCAGCGCCUUUGCCAAUAUCGCCAAUAGCACCUGGGCCACCGGCAGCCAGGAGUCUUCCCAAGCUUGGUAACCCGCCUCCCGCACCGCCACUGCCCCCACCACCACCCCCAAGGAAGAAUCCCGUCACGAGAGCACCGUCCAAGGCAGAUCCUCGGCCGGCACCCAAAGUUGCUCCUCGGAGCAACUUGGAUACAUUGUCUUCUCUUCUUGCUAAUCGCCGGAAGGGCAUUCUGGGAAUGCACUCCGAUGAAGAUGAGGAUGACGACGUACCUCAGUCAGCCCCUUCAAAGGGAAUGAGGGGCGUUAAAGAAUCAGCUUCCCAAGCAUCAACGGCGCCGCUAGUCUCCGUUCCAAAAUCAACUCCGCCUCCUCCACCGUCUGCCACGGGCAAGUUGAUUCCGAGGCGCGUUGACGAUGAUGACGAUGAUGAUUGGUAG